AUGACCAACAACGCUUCUGAGACACCCUCCUCCGCUGCGCCCACUCCCCCAACCGCUCAAAGGGCCGUGCAGAGCAAGCGCAGGACCAAGCCCCGUCGCAAGACUCGUCGCCGUGACGGUGAUGACUCGGACGCCGCCAGUGUUGAUGACGGAUCCGAGGCGCCCACCGACACCAAGCCUGCAUCCAAGCCCAAGGACAAGGGAAAACCAGCUCCCAAGUCUGUCUUCCCCGACGUCAACUCGACAACCCCCGCCGCCUGGGCCGACGUCGAGGACAAGGGCGAAGAGAUUACCUUUGACGAGUUCAUGACAGCCUCGUCGGCGCCAACUCCCGGCAACAGCCGUGGUGGUUCGCUAGCAGCGGGGCGUGGUAGGGCUCGCGGAGGAGGCAGGGCUCCACGCGAGCUCACCGAGGAGGAGAAGCAGAGGGUCGAAGCGCGCACCAAAGAGAAGAAGGAGCGUCUCAAGGCGAAGCGCAAAGACAACAAGGAGAAGCGCAAGGCCGAUGCGUCUGCUGGUGCUGUGGCUCCGAUUAACAGCGGCCCCACCGAGACGAGUGUCAACAGUGUCGAUGCAUCUCUCGCCGCAUCAACCUCAGCCAUCACCCUUGACGACCUUCCAACCCAGGCUCCCCCCUCGACCUCUCCUCCCGAUGCGCUUUCCGAUCCAGUGAACAACAACGACAACACCAAGCGUCCGCCCCACGCACACGACGCCAAGUUUGCCCCUCGUGGUGGCAACUUUUGGAUGCACGACCAGCGCCAUUACGAGGCAGGCAAUGGUGAAGGCAGCUUCUGGCGCGGUCGCGGGGCACCUCGAGGCAUGAUGCCCCGUGGCUCGUUCCGCGGUGGACCGCGCGGCGGCCGUGGGCGUGGAUUUGGACCAUUUGCUCCUGGCCAGCGUUAUUCUCGUGGACCAGCUGUCCCUCCUCUCGCCGACGGCCACCGUAUGGCCGAGAUGGACAAACUUGAGCUGGAACUGUCCAACACCGACAGUCCAUUGCGCCGCAGUGCCCCCGCUGCUGAUGGCAGGUGGGGCCACGAGGGUUUCGAGGAGCAUGUUGCCACCGAGGACCACUACCGCACGAACCGUCUUCCUCGAGGCAGGGGCCGUGGACGUGGAUUCUUCGUCCCUCGCGGCGGCGCCAUCCCCCGCCCGUUCCAUCAACACGCUACGUUGCCGACACCAGAGGCGUCGCCGGACCGUGCGCCCAAGCCCAUGGCAGAGGGAACUGUCACUCAGCCUGAUAUCGAAGCACUCCUCGAUGACUCUGGAGCGGUUAUGGUCCGUCUUCCAGGUGACACUACCGCUGUCGAGGUCGAAGCCCGCCCACCUUCGCAGCCUAUCGAGCCUUCUUCCACCUUCGCACCUUCCUUCACCCCUUCCAACCCAUCCCCCGUUCCAUACGUCGCCAGCGACAGUGGAUCCAUGAGCAGUGGCUACCUUCCUCCUGGCGUCAUCCUUCCCGGCGCUGUGCCCAAUGGCGAGUUUUACGGCGGCAUGCCUCCCAAUUUUGGUCCUCCUGGCUCCUUCUACCCUGCCCGCAACUUGCCCCCUUCCCAGUCCUACACCCCCGAGCCAGCCGGCUACCUUCCCCACCACCACCACCACCAGCAGCGCAGCUCGUUCUCGGGUCCCGGCUUUUAUCCUAACGCUCCUGCUGGACGUUCGGGCUCGCCACUUAACCCGUAUGCCAGCCCGUAUUUCGCCCAGCCUAUGCUUCAAAAAGUCGCCAUCGCCCAAGCCGAGACGGGCACGCCUAAGUCGCCCACCUCAGACCACACCGAUAAGGUCGUCACCCCCGAGGGUUACAUGCACCAGGGCUACUAUCCGCAAGGCUACAACCCGUACGCUGGUACCAUGGGCCCCGAUGGGCAGGGAGGAGUGUAUUAUGCCCAAGGCUACUGGCCGCAGCCGGCACCCUACGAUCAGUCGUAUGGCUACGAGGGCGAGUAUGCUGCUUACUAA